AUGGCGCUGUCGUUCUUCCGAGGGUUCUUCAAAGGAGGGCUGGUGGAGGAGGACUUAGAUGCCUUCUAUCCCGUGCGCCAGGACGUGCAGGUCGGCACCGUCAGCAAGUUCCGACCACGGGCGAGCAAGCGGCUGUCGGAGGAGAAAUGGAGCGACAUGUUUGACGCAGAGGGGCGCAUGGUGAACCUCGAGGCUGCUCUUCGCCUCAUACAGCGAGGGGGGUGCGAGCCGGGCAUCCGGCCGGAGGUGUGGGAGUACCUGCUGGGGCUCGUCAGCCCGGCAGCCACGAGUGGCGAGUGUGGCGAGCUGAGGAGCAUGCGCAGGGAGGCCUAUGCUGCGAUGCUCAAGGAGUGCCAGCUCGUGGACCCGGUCAUUGGCAGUGGCUUCGUGGUCGAUUUUCCCAGAGUGCAGGUGGGUGCAGAGCGGUGGAGUGCAGGGAAGAAGGGUGCAGAGGGGUGGAGAUGGGUGCAGAGGGGUGGCAUGACAGAGGAGGGGGACGAUGGCACAGGGGUCGAUCUCCCAGACUCCUAUGCCGGCCCGCUGCGCCUGGUGCCGCCCAUCCCGCCCCUCUCCUCUCAACGCCCCCUGUUUCCCUUUCCCAUCUCCCACCUCCCGCUCCCUUCCUCCCAGGACGAUGGCACAGAGGUCGAUCUCCCAGACUCCUAUGCCGGCCCGCUGCGCCUGGUGCCGCCCAUCCCGCCCCUCUCCUCUCAACGCCCCCUGUUUCCCUUUCCCAUCUCCCACCUCCCGCUCCCUUCCUCCCAGGACGAUGGCACAGAGGUCGAUCUCCCAGACUCCUAUGCCGGCCCGCUGCGCCUGGUGCCGCCCAUCCCGCCCCUCUCCUCUCAACGCCCCCUGUUUCCCUUUCCCAUCUCCCACCUCCCGCUCCCUUCCUCCCAGGACGAUGGCACAGAGGUCGAUCUCCCAGACUCCUAUGCCGGCCCGCUGCGCCUGGUGCCGCCCAUCCCGCCCCUAGACGCCGCCUGGGAGGAGACCGGAGCACAGCUGGGGGUGCUGGAGGAGGGGGAGGAGGAGGAGGAGGGGGAGGGGGAGGGGGGCGAAGUGGAGGGAGGUACAACUGACAGUGGUGGCGGUCGUUGUGAUGUUGGUGGUGGUGGCAGGGUCAAUGGCGGUGGUGGCAGCAGCAGGAGGGGUCGACGGGCGAGUGAGAACGAGGUGGAUGAGGCGAUGAGGACGUGGGCGGCGGAGAGGGCAGAGGUGGUGGCGCGAGUAGGGCUGGAUCGAAUCCACAAGUGGCGCCAGGGGCUCUAUCAGAUAGGAGUGGAUGUAACGCGGGCGGACCGCUCGCUGCUCUUCUUUGAGAGCAGCCGCAGCCGAGCGCGCCUGAUGAACGUGCUGGCGGUGUACGCGUGGUUCGACCCCGAGGUGGGGUACUGCCAGGGCAUGAGCGACCUCAUGUCUCCCAUGGUCGUCCUGUACCCUGACGACGCGGAUGCCUUCUGGGCGUUUGAGCGGCUCAUGAGGAGAGUGAGAGAGGACUUUAUGAACACGGACACGGGGCUGGGCAUUCAGAGGGAGAUCAGCCGCCUCUCCCACAUGGUCUACACUCUCGACCCCGAGCUGCAUGCACACUUGGACGAGAUAGGAGCGGGCACCAUGUUCUUCACAGUCCGCACGGUCAUGGCCAUGUUCCGCCGCGAGCUCUCCUUUGCUGACGCACUCUACCUCUGGGAGUGUGGCGCUGGUUCCAUCCCCUUACCCCACCCACCCCCACCCAAUCUCCCUCCCUCCGCCUGGUUCUGCUUCUCUCCCGCUUCUCCUCCUCCCUGGCAGAUGAUGUGGGCGUGGGACUAUGACGCAUGCAGUGCAGCACUCCUCCCACUAGCAGAUCAAGCCAUCUUCCAUACGGCCCGCCACCUGCCGCACCUCACCAUGGACCGAUCUGCUUACAUUGCCGCCACCGCCGCUGCCGUCCGGGCAGCGGCUUCCGUCUUACUCGACGCAGAUCUCUUCACGGCUAUCGCUGUCGAUAUCGCCAAUGCCACCCGCGUGCCCCUCUCUGCUGUAACCGGCGGCGCUGGUGCUGCCAGUGCUGGUGGGGUUGGGGCAAGCAGCAGCAGCAGCAGCAGCUGCGGCAGUGGUGGGGGUUCGCUUUCGACGUAUGCAUCUGGCUCGGUGGGUACUGCGAGCAGCAUUGCCGGCAGCGGCGGCACGUCGGCGUUUGCAGCACCGCACGAGGAUGCGGAUCGGGGCUCAGUGGACCUCUUUUCGUCCCCACAGAGGCUGGAAAUCGCCCUUAUGGCUGCAGAGCUGGCUGUGACUCAGGCCGCCGUGCAUGCUGUGCCUGAUACCCCUGCUUCUGGGGCUCUUAUGGGGAGGAGAGGUGUUGGGGGAGUGGGUGGGAGGGAGUUUGUGGUGCCUGCGGAGUGGGAGGAGGAUGGAGGGGUGGAGGAAGGAGAGGACGGGUGGGAAGGGGAGGAGGAGGAUGAGGAGGCGUAUGGGGAGAGUGAGAGUGAAGAGGAGGAUGAGGAGGACGAGGAGAGAGAGGGGGAAAGUAGGAGUGAGAGUCAGGGCAGUGACUUCGAAGGUGAGAGUGGGGAGGAGGAUCAGGGGAAUAUGGGGUAUGGGUCAGAGGAGGACAGGGAGGGAGAGGAGGGGGAGGAAGGGGAAGAGAGCGGAGGGGAGGAGGAGGGAGAGUGGGGGGAGGAUAGGCGCCUGUCACACGAAGCAGCUAGGAUAGCGGGAGUGUGGGAGGAAGCUGAAGAGGUGGGGGUUGCAGGGGUAGAAGUGGGAGGGGAAGGAGUAGCAGUUGGAGGGGCAGGUGGUGGAGAGGUAGGCAUGGUAACAGCGGGAGGGGCAGGGACAGGCAUAGCAGGGGGGGCGGUGGGAGUCAGCUGGAGUGCGUCUGGUGGCAUUGAGUCGUCCUUCUUUGGCCGCAUGCGGUCCCUGUGGGGCAAGAAGGACGACCCUUCCCUUCCUCCUGCUCCUCCUGCUGCUGCUCUUCCUCCUCCUCCUGCUGCUGCUGCUGCUGCAGCGUCAGCAGCAGAACCAGCAGCAGAACCGGCAGCAGCGGCAGUAACAGGCAGCAGCAGCGAGGGGCUAUUUGACGGGCUGUUCGGCUUCACCCGCAGCAUCACCAUUCACGUCAUGGGCGGCACGAGCCGCCCGCCCCUCCCUGCCGCCUCCUCUCCUCCGUUCGCCUCUGCACACAGGCACAGCAGCAGCAACGCAGAGGACACAGUGCUUGAUCUCUCAGCUGUGUCGUCUCGAGUGGCCUUUGAUCCGUCCAAGGACCUUCCUCCGGAUGAGAGGCUGCCCACGAGUCAGCAGCUGGAGGCUCGGAGGAGGGCGGCGCUGAGAGGGGGCGUGGGGAGCGGUGUGGAGCAGGUUAGGAGCGAGGGGAGGAGCGAGGGGAGGAGUGAGGGGAGGAGUGAGGGGAGGAGUGAGGGGAGGAGUGAGGGGAGGCAGCGGAUCGUACGGUCGGUUUCGGGGGGAGACUGGAAGGAGACCACGACUGAACGAGAGGGAGGAGUGGGGAGAGACGGAAGAGAAGGAAAGGAGGCAGAUUGUGGGGUCAGAGGAGGUGGGGGUGGUGGGGAUGGUGGGGAUGGGGGUUCGGUCAGGAGUGGUUAUGGGGGUUAUGGGAGGGCAGGGCUUGAUGCGGGAAGGCCUCCUCCUGCUGUUGCUCGGAAGGGUCGAGGGCGUUCUUCUGCAAGCUCUUCCAGCUCCAACCGCUCCCUGCAGCGCCCCAUGGGAGGCUCGCUCAAAUUCGACGUUCCCCGCAUUGACGUCCCCGCACUCCCCACCAUCCUCGCCCCGCCCUCGCACCCCUCCCACCCGUCUCAGCGUGCCCGCACCCACUUCCCCUUCCCCCUCUCCUCCCACCACCAGCCGUCCUCCUCGUCCUUCCACUCGCGCCUGCUCCGCCGGCAAAACAGCUCUCAGAAGCAGAAGGCAGCAGCGGUGGCCGUGCAGCGGCAGCAGCAGCGGCAGAAGCAGCAGCAGCUGGAGCAGCAGCUGCAGCAGGUGAAGCAGAAGCACGGGUUUCUGAGGAGGGAGCUGGGGAGAAUGGGCAGUCCCAAGAUCCCGGCACUGGAAGGAGCGUUGCGGAGGGAGGCGGAUGGAGACUCGCCGCCGGUGCUCUCAGUGCCUGCGCCCACACGUGCAACGUUUGAGUGGGGCCAGAGGCAUAUGCGAGCGCAAUCCCCUAGGGACGCCUCCUCGCCCUCCUCUCUCUGCUCCCCUGCUGCUGCCAGUACUGCUGUAGUGGGUGGGCCUGCACCUGUUGGUGCUCAGUUGGGUGGUGAGAGCAGGGGGGGGGAUGGUACCAAGGAGGACCCGCGUGCUCCCCUGCAGCGACUAAGGCCCCCGCGUGUUGAGCUCCCUGAAACUGCUGCUGGCGCUGGUGCUGCUGCUGGUGCUGCCACUGGUGCUGCCACUGCUGCCGCCACUGGUGCUGGUUCUGGUGCUGCUGCUGCUACUGCUGGUGCUGGUGCGGCUGGCGCAACUGCUGCAGCUGGUUCAGACACAAAGCCUUCCCUCUUCCUGCCUCCCAGGUCCCCUGGCACUUUCUCCCACAAGCCCUCCCGCUCUCUCCCUUCACCCUCCUCCUCUGCUUCCGCUCGCCCCGCCUCACCUGCUGAUCUGCCCACUGCAGUGGGGAAGCGCAGGCAGGCCGGCAGCAGCAUGGGUGGUGCUGCUGGUGCUGCUGCUGGUGCUGGUGCUAGUGGUGCUGCUCGCACUAGCCAUUUUCCCCUAGGCCUGCCUCCCAUAUCUCCCAGGGUCAGCUCGGCAGGCUCGGGAACCGAGCCUGCAGGUUCGGGAUCCGGCAGCAUGUUCGGGCACGGCUGGGGAGGCUCCACUAAAUCCCCUCGCUUCCUGCCGGCUGCUCCCAGCAUGGCUGGUAGCGUGGCUGGUAGCACAGCAGGGAGCACAGAAGCAGGCAGCACAGAAGGCAGCACAGGCAGCAUGGCAGGCAGCAUAUCCAGUGCGCUUCUGGUGGGCAAACCGAAACACGAUUCUGCACCUGAGACGGGCGUUGGUGUUCAGGCGGGGCCCAUGCAAGACGACACGGUCGAUCUUACGCCAGAGGGAGAACUGGAGGAGCCAGAUGACGCCCUACCAGACGAUCUACCAGGCGCCCUACCAGACGAUCUACCAGGCGCCCUACCAGACGAUCUACCAGGCGCCCUACCAGACGAUCUACCAGGCGCCCUACCAGACGAUCUACCAGGCGCCCUACCCGACGCGCCGUUCCUCUUCCCACCCUCCAAAUCCCUCGCUAGAGCGUCCCACGAAGGCAGAGGCGGGUCGAUGCACGAGAGAGGAACCCAUAUGAGCAAAGACCAUCCUCAUCAACCCCCUCACUUGUUGUUCCCCCACUCAAGGUCUCUAUCUGGUGCCUCUCCCCCCUCUCCUGCUAGCAUCUUCAAGGCUCCUCUCCGCCGGUUAAACCUCAAGGUUCCCCCUGAACUACACCUGAAUCUCAAGUCACCCCGGGCGGAACACCCUCCGAAAUCCCCGGGUUCCAUGCCCUUUGCCCUCCCUUUUGAGGUGACUCUGGGGUUAAAAUCCCCUGGUCCGUUCCGAAUCCCGCCUGAGCUAAGCACUGGAAUGAAGUCUCCUCGGCCGUUCAUUCCCCCAGAUCUGCUUAAAUCCCCGCUGGCACUUAAAUCCCCGUCUUCUAGAGAUUUCCUGGCCAAGAUUUUCGACGAUACCAACCGAGCGACGAUGCGGGCGAGUGCGGUGAAAGGGGGUGCCAAGGGGUGGCACAGCCUUCCGAGAGACGCAGGAGGGGUGAUGGGAGGGCGUGGGGAGGGGGGGGAGGAGGAGCAGGGGAGGAGAAACACAGGCAAGGAGAGUGGAGGGGGGGUGGAGUGGCUGGGAACGCCUCAAAGGAGUUUAAGUGGGGAACGGAAGCAAAGGAAUCAAAGGGAUCAGAGGAACGCAACGCAUCACAGAAGCGCUAGUGGUGAAGCAGGGAUGAAGGGGUUUUGGGGGUUGAAGGCUAAAGGGGAGGAGGAGAAGGAGAAAGAGGCAGGAGGGGCAGCAGGGGAGAAGGGGAAUACCCUGGGAGAAGCAGGGAUGCCUGGUGAAAGGGUGGCUGAGAGUGGGGGAGAAGCGACAGCGGAAGGGUUGGAGAAGGGUGAAGCAGCGUGUGAAGAGGAGAGGGAGGACGGGGAGGGAAAAGCAGUGUUUGAAAAGGAGACGGAGGGCGUGAAAGCAGGGCAAGAGGCUGACGUGGAAGGGGACUGGCAGGGAUUCGGGGUGGUGCACAGCCCAUCGCUGUCCUUGACUCCUGCUCCUGCUGCCGCUGCUGCUGCUUCUCCUGCUGCUCCUGCUGCUCCUGCUGCUUCUCCUGCUCCUGCUGCUGCUGCUCCUCCUCCUCCUGCUGCUGCUGCUGCUCUUGCUGUUGGUUCAGAGGAAGCGUUUCAUUUCAAGCCCCUCUUGACUUCCACCUCCGUCACCAAACAUGCCGCCGAGCCUCCGUCGUCCCCUACCGAGUCUAACCUAUCGUCCCCUGCUCUAUCCGUGGCUGAGAUCCCGUCGCCACAGGGGGAGGUGGAUGAGGAGGGGGUGCUGGUGGGGGAGGGGGAGGAGGAUGCAGAGGUGGAGGUUGAGAGAAUGACGACUUUUUGUGUGCUGGCGAUUCUGCUGGAGAUGAGGGAAGACCUGGUGCAGUAUGCUCAGGGGUUGGAUGAUGUGGUACAUGUAAGUGGGGCAUGUGGGGCAUGA